AUGCUACGACGUCCGGCGGCAGAUCUGUUGAAGUUUAUGCAAACCAUCGACCAAGUAGGCUUCGGAGAGGCCGAGCUGCUGCGGAAUGGAAGGACCCUCAGUGAUCUGACAUCGGGAGUUCCGAUCUUCUGGGUUUCUAUGAAGGAGUCGGUUGAAAGGCAUGCGUUCAUGAACAAGUCUCUCCAUGGCGUGGCGGACAGCUACAUGGUCGAAGCUGUAAACUUGUCCCACGUGUCCGUGGUCACCGUCCUCAACAAAACUGGACAGAGUGUUGAAUACAGUGAGCGCAAGGACCAAGUAAUUCUUGCUUGUACGCUCUCUCACAUGAAGGCGAUUUUGACCGCAAGGAAGAUGGGCGCCGACUUCGCUGUGUUCCUAGAAGAUGAUGUCAGCUUCGACACGCAUCCUCUCUGGAAGUUGUCCCUUCAGGAGUUGGCGGCCGCGGCUCCGAAAGGCUGGAAGGGCAUUCAGCUCGGCUUCGGGUCGCCUCGCCUUGAGGCUGAGAAGAAGAUCUGGAAGGAGCCGGGGCCAGUUGUUCGCUUCCACAAGUUCGGGUAUACAGCUGGAGCUUACGGUUACAUGCUGAGCAGAAAGGGCAUGGAUGAGCUGGUUGAGAAGUUGAAGGUAACGGUCUCUCCUGACGAUCCGACGGACAUCACAGGCAUGACCCUCUUCGAAAGGACCAGGGCGGCGGAUCAUGCUCUGUACUUUCCGCUGCUGCCUCAGAUGUACACCUCAACCAUGAUGUACGUGCUUCAUCAGUGCCAUCAGUUCGGAUCCACGCUGCAUCGUUCGCACGAAGCUCGACACCGAAGGGAUGCAGUAGCAGCACGACAGCACUACGGCUUGGACACCAGUGUCUGUGGCUGA